AAGAACAGUCCAAGGAGAAAUAAUCAGCUAAAUGUUUUGCUCAGUGUUCUGAUGAGGUUGUAAAAUAAAACAUAUUUGUUGUGAAAUUAUUUUUUAAAGUAGGAGAGAUUAAAUUAAAACUUUUCCAUCCACAAUGGUCAGUUUAGUAAAUAUGUCUGACGAAUCAAUUCAAAACAUCAAUGACAUUACGACUAAUUUUGAAAGUUUACGUGUGGCUGCUCUGAAAAGAGCUUCAAAACUGUCGGGAUCAAUCAAUAGUGUUACAAUAGGGCCAGAUUCAUCGCCAGAAAAAGAUAAUAAUUCCAUUGAAAACAUUGAAAAUGAAAUCAAUAAUUGUAAUAUCGAUGUGUUAAAGAAAAAUCCAGAACCUUCACAACCUCCUAAACAAAACGCAUCAUCCAGAAGUACUAUAACAUUUUCUAUUAAAAAAAUUCUUCUGGAAAAUGAGAUUCAACGAAGAGAAGAAGUGCGUAAGGCAAUUGAAAAAAAGAAACAAGAUAUGGAAAAAACAGAAAAGGCAUUACAAGAAGAGAUGGCAAUAUUAAGAGAAAUAUUGGUUACAAAACGAGAGAGAGAAGAAGCUGCUGAGCUAGAACGAUUAGAAGCUGAAGAAGAAAAGUUAGCUCAACAAAAUGAAAUCAAAAGAAAGCAUGAGCAGCAAUUGCACGCUCAACGGCUUCAAGAAAGGAAAGAACGAUUUGAAAGAGAAGCUGAAGAACAUCGAAAAUUAAAAGAACUUGAAGCUGUAAUUGAAAAAAUGAAAAGCAAAUUUAGUGGACGUUGUCGGGAUAUUAAACUUCUUUCUAAAAUGUGUAAUGAUAAAAAUGCUGCAAAUAUCAUAUUUAAUUCUAUUCUUAAUACAUUGAAGGAACUGAGUAAUCAAUUAGAAUCGAUAUGUGAAAAAGCAAGAAAAGGCGAUCUUACACCUACUGAUGUAGCGAUAGGCGAACAAAUUCUUCAACAAACUGAUAAAGUUUUUCAGUAUUGCAAGACUGAAAUUUCGCAAAUCGAUGCUCGUUAUGAAGAAGCAAUAGCAAAAAGGAAGCAAGAAAUGGAAGCUGCAGAAGCUUAUGCUCAAGCUGAAGCUGCUAAAAUUCAAACACAGAUUCAAAUAUCUGAACAAAAUCAACCUGUACCUGAAAACAAAUCUAAUGUCGAUAAUGUAAAUAGCAUGAAUGCUAGAUUGCCAGAAACUCCACCAAAUGAAACUACUUUACAGACAAAUGAAGCUGGUGCUACAACAACUGAUUCAUCCUCUGUUGAAACUGUUAUCGAAGAAUCUGAUACUUAUCCUGAUCAUGAGUCUCUUCAAAUUUAUGUUAGAGCUCGUACAUUUUUAGAUAGUUAUACAGCACUAUAUCAUAAUUUUGUUCGAUCUCCUGCAACUAAACAGUUUAGGUUUGAUUGCCAAAAGGCUAUUAAUAUUCCCAUCAAUACUAUCUCUUCGGUUAGCGGAGCACAUUUGAAAGAAAAAUAUGAAAAGUUAAAGUUCCUUCUUGAAGGAAAAGCUUCUCCGAAUGUUAAUGAACACCCAGAAGGUCCAGCUUUUUGUAAAAAUUUAUUAGCAAAAAAUAUUGUGAAUCAAGGAGAAACUUUAGUUUCAAGUAAACCUGAAAUGGCUUUUGGAAUAGCUGCAGUGAUUGCUGCUCUUUGUUGUGAUUUUCCUGAUUUAUUAGAACUUUUAUUGGCGCAUUUUCGUACUAUUUGUCCAUAUAUUAUUCCAGUAUUUUUACCAAGAAUUCAAGAUCAAAGUAAUGAAGAUUACUAUAAAUCUUUGGGAUAUAAAUAUAUUGAUGGAAAUGUAGAAAAACAUGAUAAAUUUCUUAAUCGGAUGUCAGGAAUUAUGAGACUUUAUGCUUCUAUUAUUGUUGCACGAUUAAGAAAAAAUGGACCCCAAAAACAUCCACAUGGUCUUAAUAAUGCUUGGAGAUGGCUUGCAGCAACAUUAAAUUUCAUACCUAAACCAGAACAUGUGGAUGUUACUGCAACUCUUAUUCUCGACAUGUUGGAAGUUUGUGGAAGUUCUUUAUGGCAAGCUUUUCCAAAACAAUUUCCAAAGCUUUUAAAAUUAUUAAUUGAACAGUAUCAUCCACAAGUACAAGGUCAUGAGGGAAUUUGUGGUGGCCCUAUGACACGUCUUCAAAAAUUCCUUGAAGAUUGUAUUAGCCAAAACUCAAUCCCAGAACCAGUUGGUCAAUUGCCAAUGGCAGUGUGGUGAACAAGUUAUGAAAAAUAUAUUUCAAUUAUUUAAUAUUUGUCUUACGUUUACAAUGUCAUGCUAUCUUCAUAAAUUUGAUUACAAAUUGAAUGCGUAAAAAACUGUAUAAUAGCUAAAUAAUGAUUUUGGAUUAUGAUAGAUAAAUCACCGAGUGAAAAAAUAAAGAAGAUUAGAAUUCAGUAGUA